GUUCUCAGGGUGCAGGGCGCAGUAGCGCCGGCGCGGCGGGCGGAGCCAGUGCUGCCUGUCACCGCAGCGCGUCGGCGCCGAGGGGGCGGGCCCGGCGCGGCGCUGGGGUCACCCGGGCUGCCUGCGCUGCCCUCCCCUUCGCCCCGCGCCCGCUCACCGCCUCCCUCUUUACGCUUCCCUUCCAUCCCCGCGAAGAUGGCCACCGACGGGUUGCACGAGAACGAGACGCUGGCGUCCCUGAAGAGUGAGGCCGAGACUCUCAAGGGCAAGCUAGAGGAGGAGCGGGCCAAGCUGCACGACGUGGAGCUGCACCAGGUGGCCGAGCGCGUUGAGGCCCUGGGCCAGUUUGUCAUGAAGACCAGAAGGACACUUAAAGGCCACGGGAACAAAGUCCUGUGCAUGGACUGGUGCAAAGAUAAGCGGAGGAUCGUGAGCUCCUCGCAGGAUGGAAAGGUGAUUGUGUGGGAUUCCUUCACCACUAACAAGGAGCACGCGGUCACCAUGCCCUGCACGUGGGUGAUGGCAUGCGCUUACGCUCCAUCAGGAUGUGCCAUUGCUUGUGGUGGUCUGGAUAAUAAGUGUUCCGUGUAUCCACUGACAUUUGACAAAAACGAGAACAUGGCUGCCAAGAAGAAGUCGGUCGCUAUGCAUACCAACUACCUGUCUGCCUGCAGUUUCACCAACUCUGACAUGCAGAUUCUAACAGCCAGUGGUGAUGGAACGUGUGCCCUGUGGGAUGUGGAGAGCGGACAGCUGCUGCAGAGCUUCCAUGGACACGGAGCAGAUGUCCUUUGCUUGGACCUGGCCCCCUCAGAAACUGGAAACACCUUUGUGUCUGGGGGUUGUGACAAAAAGGCCAUGGUGUGGGACAUGCGCUCUGGCCAGUGUGUUCAAGCCUUUGAAACACAUGAAUCUGACGUCAACAGUGUCCGAUACUACCCCAGUGGAGACGCCUUUGCCUCAGGGUCAGAUGACGCAACGUGUCGCCUCUAUGACCUCAGGGCAGACAGAGAGGUUGCCAUCUAUUCUAAGGAGAGUAUCAUAUUUGGGGCAUCCAGCGUGGACUUCUCCCUCAGUGGUCGCCUGCUGUUUGCUGGGUACAAUGACUAUACCAUCAAUGUCUGGGAUGUUCUCAAAGGCUCCCGAGUCUCCAUCCUGUUUGGACAUGAAAAUCGCGUCAGCACACUGCGAGUUUCCCCUGAUGGGACAGCGUUCUGCUCAGGAUCAUGGGAUCACACCCUAAGAGUUUGGGCGUAACCAUCCUCUGACAUGUGCACGUACAUGCUUGAGAAGAGUGUGAAUUCUCCCGUGAAGAUAUAAAGGACUUCCAGAGGCACCUCGAGCCUCUCGUGGUUAGCCUAUGGGAAGAGCUCCACAGCUCAGCAUUCACUCAUCCCCUCCAUUGUCACCAUUAGAACCACCCCACCCUGGAAAUCUACUUAAGUGGGUCUCAGCACUUCAAGAACACCUUUGGACAGUGCAUUUCAUCCGAAACACUUUUUAAAGUUCCUCUGUUUUUAGUUUAUUUUAAA